UAAACGAGUCAGCGAGAUUCCAGUUAGGAUAAACUAGGACAGGACAAUUUAAGCAAGAUGGCGCUUCCCCUGUCGCCAGCUAAAGUGACGCUCCGAUAAUGCAAUGAGUAUUGAAUAUCUCCUAGGGAAUAUAGCGAGGAUUCUGGAUAACUCUGUGCAGCCUAAUCAAUCAUGUGGCAUUGAUCUACUCUAAAGACAGAGGAAGAACAUAACUUGACUUGGAGAGUAAGAUUGCCACUGGACGAAUGUCAAGGUGUUUGUACAGUCAGAGACAAAACCGAAAACGAUGUAGCCUAAAUAACGGAAUCACGUCGACAAAGCAGCGCGAUAAAGCAGCGGGGUUCUGUAUUCUGGCUCAUCAUCAUCAAACUGGUUGGAUGACGGAGAAGAAAAGCGUGGGACGGGAGAUGCCUAUCUGUCGUUUUUAAUCCUCCGUCAGUCAAGUGAAUGCCUGCGGUAUCAAAUUCAAAAACAAAUACCGACGGGAAUGUUUGUCAACAUAUGUCUAUUGAUCCGAUGUGAAGGAUGCGCGCACUGCGUCUCAAGGGUGUCAAUGAGAAAUAACCUAAAAUGCAGCGUUUAAUUUGACUGGCGUACAAUCCUUCGGCUAAAUGUGCUUCAGUCAACAUCUGAUCUAUUUCCAUGUUGUAUUUUGAUAAACCCUGUCUGCUGUCGUCUCAAGACUGAAGAGGGGGGAGGAUGUCCGUGGCUCUCUCCGUGACGGUUAUGUCUUCAGCGUUCUUUAAUCCCAGUUUUGCCUUCAGUUCCCAUUUUGACUCAGAUGGCGCUCCACUGAGUGAGCUGUCGUGGCCUUCGUCUCUGGCAGUGGUGGCUGUUUCCUUCUCUGGGCUCUUCACCUUCGUCUUCCUCAUGCUGGCCUGCCUCUGCUGUAAGAAGGGACACAUCGGGUUCAAAGAGUUUGAGAACACAGAGGGAGAGGAGUACCAGGCUGACCUGGCCUCGUCUCAGAAUGGACCUGAAGUCUACAUCCUCCCCCUCACUGAGGUCUCCCUUCCCGUCUCCAAACAGCCCGGACGAUCCAUCCAGCUGUUGAAAUCGUCAGAGUUGGGUCGCCACAGUCUACUCUAUGUGAAGGAGAUAGGACAUGGUUGGUUUGGCAAGGUUCUCUUGGGGGAGGUGAAUGCAGGUCUCAGCACCACCCAGGUGGUGGUCAAGGAGCUGAAGGCCAGUGCCAGUGUCCAGGACCAGAUGCACUUCCUGGAAGAGGCACAGCCAUACCGUGCCCUCCAGAACCCAGCCCUCCUGCAGUGCCUGGCACAGUGCUCAGAGGUUACACCCUAUCUACUGGUCAUGGAGUUCUGUCCUCUGGGCGACCUGAAGAGUUACCUGCGCAGCUGUCGGGCGGCUGACUCCGUGACCCCUGAUCCCCUGACCCUCCAGCGAAUGGCGUGCGAGAUCGCCUCGGGCCUGCUGCACCUGCACAAGCACAACUUCAUUCACAGUGACCUGGCCUUAAGGAACUGCCUUCUGACCUCGGAGAGGACAGUAAAGAUAGGAGACUAUGGCCUCUCACACAGCAGAUACAAGGAUGACUACUUUGUGACUCCAGACCAGAUCUGGGUGCCGCUGCGUUGGAUCGCCCCAGAGCUCAUAGACGAGGUGCAUGGUAACCUACUAGUGGUGGACCAGACUAAGGACAGCAACGUAUGGUCUCUGGGAGUGACUAUCUGGGAGUUGUUUGAGUUGGGGAACCAGCCGUACAGACACUACACUGACAGACAGGUCCUGACCUACGCUGUGAAGGAACAGCAGCUCAAACUAACCAGGCCCCGGCUCAAAGUACCCCUGGCUGAGCGCUGGUAUGAAGUGAUGCAGUUCUGCUGGCUGCAGCCAGAGCAGAGACCCAACAGUGAGGAGGUACACCUCCUCCUCACCUACCUGUGUGCCAAGGGGGCCAGUGGAGUCCAGGAGGACUUUGAACAGCGCUGGAACUCCCUGAGACCCAACCUGACUGGCAGCACCACCCACAGCCACACCGCCCCAGCCCCUCCACCACUAGCCCAGACUACUGUCCCUGCCCCAGCCCGACCAUCUAUCCCUGGGGACGUGGAGUUGGAGCCGGCCUCCACCUCCCGCAACUCCUUCCCCCUCCUAGAACACUUCUCCCAAGACAGCUUCCACUCAGACAGCGGUGACGACAUCCUGACCGUGACAGAGACCAGCUAUGGUGGGCUCAACUUUGAGUACAAGUGGGAGCAGGCGAGAGCCGAGCAGCCAUACUGUUCCUCAUCCACCAGCGGGCCUCUGGGCCAGGGCAACCCUCACUACCAGGACGUAUACUACCCCGUCGGGAACACCUCCACCUCGGGCAGCUGUAAAGGGGACGGAGGGGGUGGAGGGCUUGUUCUGGGGGUCUCCCCAUCCUACUACGAGUCCGACCACUCCGGAUCGGGGUCAGGGUCGGGGGUAGGGGUGGUGCCGGUGUUGAGCGCUCACAGCCCUUCGGUCGGCAGUGAGUACUACAUCCGUAUUGAGGAGCCGGUGGAGUGUAAUAUCAACCUGGAUGAUAGUGUGGUUGACUACAGCCCUGGGUUGGAGGCUGAGGAUGGCAGCCUCUCCUCAGGGAGCAGAACCCCACAGCCCCAGUCCCAGUCCCAGUCCCAGUCCCAGUCCCAGUCCCAGUCCCAGCCCAGUGCCUACUGGUCAGCAGCAGCAGGCGACAGCAGUGGGGGUAAACACAGUACCCAUGACUCUGACAAUAGCCCGGCCUUGUCCCUGACCAUGGAGCCUCUCAUGAGACAGACAGCCAGCACAGCCAGUCCCGUGGAGCUGGGGCGGUCCCACCAGUACUUCUCACCCAAUCAGAGACAGGCUUUCUACUGUGAACAGUCGCCCAUUCGAGAGACGUGUUGCCAAUCACCAGAGGACACGCCCAUAAUGUCCCAGCUGAACCUGCAUCAUCCAAUGGGGAGGCUGGAAACCCCUCUGGGGGUGGGGUCCUCCCACUCCCAGUGCCUGAGUAGCCCUAGUCUGGGACACUGUGACCCCUACCUCGAGGCUAGCCAAGGCUUCUCCACCACAUCCAGGAGGACGGUUAGUGAAGGCUACUAUGACAUGAUGGGUCCCCUCAGAAAGACUCUACCCAUGGCUAACCAUAUUAGCAUCGACGUGGAGACAGGGGACGGGGGACUUUUGGUGGGGGGCAGGAGGAGAGGAGAAAGUGACACUGGGGACAUCGACGAUGGUGAUCUCUUCUCUGAGAGAGAAGCCACCAACUGGACCUCCAACCACUCGGCCAAUAACAACAGCAUGACUUUUGACCUUAGGCAGACGGGCCAAUCACAGGACAGCUAUCUGGACCUCCAUUACACCAACACCACGACACACUCCUCUACUGUAACAGGCUCGUGUAACAGUAGCAACAUGUGCCAGCAGCACAGCUCCAGAGCAUUCAGCUAUAUGGAGGCCACAGGGAGAGAGAGCGCUGUCUGCUCUUCCUCUAGCAGACCCAGUGAGGGUAGUAGUGCUACUACAUAUGGUCACCUGUGUCACGGAGCUAGAGAUAAACCUGUGUGUCUCUCAGACCACUCUACCCUAGAUCAUCUCAGAGGUGUUGCUGUUGACUCUCUCUCCAGCUCUUCUGUUGCUGUCAAGUGUGUUAACCUCAAAGGUGGUGUAAAGGACGGCGUCCCCACCACCAAAACUACAACUACGGUGUCUGUAGAGGGUCACAGUAAAAACCCAUCUCUGAUUACAGGAGAGAGGCAAUUCUCCCAUCCCAAGAUGAUCCCAGGACCAGGCUGUAUCCAAUCUCCGUCCACAUACAUGGAGCUUGACACUCGCACAGGCCUCAGCACUAAGGCAGUCCUGACAGAGAAGCAGGGGGGUAAUGUCUGGGAGAUACCUUCACAUGUUAAAGACAGAGGUCCAGUGGAGGUGAUGUCUGGUGGUGUGGGGGAGAGGAGGCUGGGGAUGGGGUUGGCCCACCCUGAAGGGGUACUGCUGGAGCCGGUCGGGUCCUUGUUUGAGGCUAGCAGAGGGCUGGACAGUGGGUUGGAGAUGGCCGGUCAUUCCAGCAUCAGCCUAGUGGACAUCAGCAACUGUAGCUACGACGAUGAGGACGAUGACAUAACGGAUAUCACUUCUGGAAUUUUGGCCGACUACUCCCUGGACUAUGCUGACGAGGUCGGAGACGAUCUAAGCCCCGCCCACCACCCCCACGGACGCUCCCUGCAGAACCCGGUGGGAACCCCUGACUCCAUGGACACCCUGGACAUGCUGUCGCUGUCAUUGUCGGUUACCAACGCCAGCCCCUGUGAGGCCUUCAGCCUUGAUGACGUCUUUCUCCAUCCCUCCUCCUCCUUCUCCUCCUCUUUCACCUCCUCAUCUCUCCUCCCCAAGUCCCUGGACAGUGGCUACGACACAGAGAACAAUGAAAGCCCAGAGUUCAUCCUAAAGGAGGGAGGUGGGAAUGGGGACUUCCUAUUGGACUGCGAAGGAAACCAGCAACAACACCCAGUCCUCGGUGGGAGCCACCUGGCCCGCGGUGGGGUUAGCCUGGGGCCGAGGUCGGACCAGAUGGUCCUUCAGCAGGUGGACCUGGGUGAUGGGGUUGGGGUCACUCUGUGUACCUCUUCCUCCUCUGGCUGCACUGAGAUGCAGCUAAAGGGACUAAGUGAUAAGAAUCCGUUCGUGGACUCUGCCUACUUCUCUGACUACGACGCGGAGAACGAGAGGAGUCCCCAGGAUGAAGGGAGUAACUUCUUCUCCAGUCCAGGAGAUAAGAAGGACUUUGUGGGGCACACAGCCUCGAAACAGAGGAGGUUGGCGAGGAGAGAUGAACUCCAACCACAGAUUGAGAGAGAGGACGGUUACCGUGACCUGACAGACCUGACAGGAAACACAAAUACAAAUGGAGUGGUGGUGUUUGACACUACCACAGGUUCCUCUCCCUCCUCGGCCCCCGGCCCGCGCCUCUCCAUGCUGGCCCCCUUCCCCCCUCAGAUGGGGGGCUGUCUGGCCAAAGAGUCCGCCCCUGACGAUGCUGUAGGCCUGGAGUCUGAGCACAGCGGCGAGGAGCCGGCAUCUGGGUGCAGCUCCACCAUGGUGUCUGAGGGUUCCUCCACAGUGCAGGAGGCUUCAGCCAGACACCCUGACCAGGAGAACCAUCACAGGGCCUCAGAGGAUGACUACUCCCCCAUCCAGUCCCUGGGCUCCGACUCUACCAUAGACUACAGAGAGGAGGUGAUGAAAGAGAAGGAGGAGGACGGGGAGGGAGAGCAGGGAUCGACUGAGGAGGACAUGCCAGAGUUUAAUCAGGUCGACGAGGAUGGAGAGAAUGGAGAGAGAGGAGGAGAAGAGGAGGAGUAUGAGGAGUUAGAGGAGGAGAACGAAGAGGAGGAGGAGAAGGCUGGCUACAGCAGACACCAGAACGGUCCUGUUGGCCUCCUCACCUCAUCUCCCUCGCUCCUCUCCUGCUCCCCCUCACUCCAGGAGCUGUGUCGGGAGGUGGAGAGGCGAGCUCCUCUAACAGAGGGGGAGGAGUCAGACGACAGUGAGUCAGAGGAAGAGCUGCGGAGCUACAACCUGCAGGAGGAGCUGAGCGAGGAGGACAGUGAGGGAGAGGUGAUGGGGGUGCCGGUGGUGGUGAGCGAUAGUAGUGGGGCCAGAAACCUCCGCAGCCUCCUCAAGAUGCCUACGCUCCUCACACAGUCCUUCUGUGACGAGCUGGACAGGAAGAAGAAAGCCGUGUCCUUCUUUGAUGACGUCACCGUCUUCCUGUUCGACCAGGAGAGCCCCACAGGAGAGCUGGCUGACUUCACAUUUCCCCCAGGAGCAGAGUCCAGCGGCCAGGCCUCAGGCGGGGAGAACCCCCAACCGGACCUCCAGCCCCACCCCACCAUGGGCCACCACCACCACCACCCCACCAUGGGCCACCACCUCCACCCCCCGGGCAGGGCACCACACGCCUCAGAGGACUCUGAUGGUAACAUGUCAGAAGAAGGUGGUGGGUUUGAGUGGGAGGAUGACAUCCCAUUGAUGACCAGCCCGUUGUCCAGCCCGUCUACAGCUGAGCCACCGGUCUCCGAUCCCAUCCCGGUCCCUGCUGCCAAGCCUCCCGAGGACAAGCCUCCCGAGGACAAGCCGGUAGCAGUAACAGCAGCAUCACAGUUCUCCCGCUUCAGCGUGUCCCGCUCCCGCUUCUCCAUCACACACGUCCCCAAUCCAGACAUGAACUCUGGAGGGAGCAGUGAAGAUGGAGAGAGGCAGUGAAAGAAGGAUUGAAGGGGUCUUCUCCAUGACAGGAAGGAGUAUACCUCCUCUCCUAGUACGACUACCAGGUGUUCAGACCUGGGAUCUCAAGAACCUGAUGACCCUGUAUGAGCCAAUGCCUUGUAUCGUAGUGACACAACAUCUACAUUCCAAAUGACAGCCUAGUCCCUAUGUGCCCUGGUCAACAAUAGUGGAAAACAUAGGGAACAGGGUGCCAUUUGGGAUGCAGACAAACACCUUAAAUGGUUCCUUCUCUAACUUUGUAUUAUUACUCCAGAGAGAGACGGAGAGACUAGCUGUAGGAAUGAUGACAGAGUCCCGAGAGGACCACAACCGAGCCGUCCGUAUGUGACUGAUAAUAUAGAUGUCUUAGAGAUAUAUAACAUCUACACUUAUGACAAUUAUUAAUAACUUCUUUGCUCAAAUCACCAUUGACGUUCAGUAGCGUCAAGUCAUUUGGGGAAAAGGGAAAAAGAGAAAAAGAGAAAAAAAUGA